AUGAUGAACUUUACCUUGAUGCUACUUUUGCCCUGCAUCUUUAGUUGGAUCUCAUCCUCAGUUGCACAGUUUUACACUGUGGAGGUUCAGCCUGAUGAAGAAGUCACAGUGAAGUGCUCUAAUUUCAGCAGAUUUCACUCCCGCAUAUUUUGGUUUAAAAUGACCAGCAGUCCCAACAUCAGUUGCAUCUCGUCUAUGUUAACCUCUGAAAAUGUUUUUUCCUGUGAUGGAAAAAAAAUUUGCUUGUCAUCCAACACCUCUGUGCUAUUUCUCAAGAUCAAACAAGUGAAUUCAUCUGACUCUGGGCUGUAUUUCUGUGGAGAGAAACUCAAUGACAAACUAGUAAUUGUAACCGGAACAUAUUUAAAGGUUCAAGAAUUAUCUGAUGGAUUAACAGAUCCGUUAAGUAUUAUCCUGAGUGGGCUAACUGUUUUCCUUCUGCUGGUCAUCAUUGUUCUGCUUGUCAAAAUCAGGAAACUCUCUUUUAGCUCAAAUGAUGAAAAAAAUCCACAACACAGUGAGAAUGUGACCUCUGAUGCCAUGAAUUAUGCAGCUCUGAGUUUGAGACUACAGAAGGCCUGCACCACCAAGAGAGCUGGAUACGAAUGUGGUGUAUGCUACUACAAGAUAGACUGA